ACGGGGGAAGGUGAAGAGAGUGAGUGAGAGAGAGAGAGAGAGAGAGAGAGGGAGAGAGAGAGAGAGAGAGACAGGGAGAGAGAGAGAGAAAGAAGAAGAAGAGGUUUGAGGAGGAUUGAGUCCUUUGCCGCAGACAUGACCACAGGCUCAUCAUUCAACCGGACGUAACCUUGACGAUCCUCGUCUGCUGCUGCUGCACACUGGAGCACAGCGGAGUGUGCGAUGUGUGUGUGAGGGUGCGCUCAGGCGUUGCUAUGAGAGUCGCAUCAUCUGUUACAGCGUGUACAUGUGUGCUCCGUUAACGUUUGGCUCAACUUAUGGAAAAAGGAACCAUCAAAUGCGUGAGUGUCAGAAAGCGUAAGUGUGAAUCGAUUGACAUACAAAAGGUAAAAUUGGUGUAGAAUAGGUCUAUCUGUACAGUUGUAAGAAGGCGGGAUAAAAUGCAAAAGCAAGUAAAGCAUUCUUAACCUAAAGAGAAAGCGAGAGAGACAAUAUAACGAAGAGACGGGCAGUGAGUGUGGGACAGUGAGAGAUGCGGUAUGGUUGAAGUCUCUGUGCCUCAGCAUCAUCAGAUUUUCUGCUGCAGAUGCUACAGUAGCUCAUCUCUGCUCUAGAGCGCUACCCUUACACACACACGCGCGCAAAAACGCACAGACGCACACAGCUGCAGCUUUGGGGAAGAACCGAAGGAUCCACUCAAAGGUCAAUAGAGGGGCGCUGGAAGAGUGGCCGAGGGCAGAGGUCAGGACACCUCCAGCUGAAGGUCGGAGGCGGCACGAGAGCCAUAAGAAAGGCAUCAUGGGCGAGUGGACUAUAUUGGAGAGGUUGCUGGAGGCUGCGGUGCAGCAGCACUCUACUAUGAUCGGCAGGAUCCUGCUGACAGUGGUGGUGAUAUUUCGGAUCCUCAUUGUGGGAAUAGUGGGAGAGAAGGUGUAUGAAGAUGAACAGAUAAUGUUUAUCUGUAACACGUUGCAGCCGGGUUGCAACCAGGCCUGCUACGAUAAAGCCUUCCCCAUCUCCCAUAUCCGUUACUGGGUUUUCCAGAUCAUCUUGGUGUGCACCCCAAGCCUCUGUUUUAUCACUUACUCUGUGCACCAGUCUGCCAAGUACAAAGAUCGCACCUACUCCGUUCUGCACGGACCUUACAUCGAUCACGGACACGGACACGGGACGAGCCGCAAGCUCCGAAACAUCAAUGGCAUCCUAGUGCACCCGGAAAGCAAAGAUGAGCGUGAAUGUAUGGAUUUGAAAGAUAUUCCCAAUAUUCCGCAGGGGGUCACGUACUCCAAAACUAACAAGAUGCGGCAACAGGAGGGCAUUUCCCGUUUCUACGUCAUACAGGUGGUGUUCCGUAACGUUUUGGAAAUUGGAUUUCUUGCUGGCCAGUACUUCUUGUACGGAUUCAAUGUUCCCGCCAUGUUCGAGUGUGACCGUUACCCCUGCGUGAAGGAGGUCGAAUGCUACGUUUCACGUCCCACAGAGAAGACAGUUUUCCUCGUGUUCAUGUUCGCGGUUAGCGGGAUCUGCGUGGUGCUAAAUUUGGCCGAGCUCAACCACUUGGGUUGGCGAAAGAUUAAGGCAGCGAUCCGUGGGGUCCAGGCUCGGAGAAAGUCCAUUUGUGAGAUCCGGAAAAAGGAUGUUUCCCACCUAUCCUCUGUGCCCAACUUGGGCCGUACCCAAUCUAGUGAAUCUGCCUAUGUCUGACGGCGAAUAGGGGAGGGGCUUAGACGAGGUUGGGAGUGGCUGAUGAGGCGACGGCCACGCCCUGUGCUGCACACUUGACACUUGAUUUUAUGCAUAGUUAAGACAGGGCAAGCAAAGGGAAGCGUUUAAAAAAAGAAACCGAGUGAGGGAGGGUUUUAGUUGAAUGUUAAAUUCAGUAAAUAAUAUUCGGUUUUGGCAUUUUAAACUUUGUGGAGAGUGAAAUGAAACUCUUUCAAACUUUAAUUAUGACCGCUGUGGAACAGGAAGGGGGCUUACACUCUGUACAAAUAUACAUUUACACUGGAGACAGAUAUAUAUAUGGAUAUCCAAGAGCCCCCAAAACAUCUUCCAAGACUUCCAACAGAAAAGAGACAUUUAAGAAAUUAAACAGCUUGUUGUCUAAAGAGAUGUCGAAAAACCGAGGGAUUAGAAAGACAAUAGACAGAGCGAGAAGAUGCUCAGAUAAUGACUCUGAAAAAUCUUGACAUUUUCUUCAGAGUCAACGCUGAGACAUCCCUUACUUUGCAAGAGCCAGAAUGAGAUGAAUGUUGGAUGUACAAAAGAGCAAAGUUUAAAAUUGUACUUCAGCACAGACUCCUCUACGCCUCUCCCCCACUUGCUUUCUUUCAUUUCAUCUCUCUCUUCUUUGUCUGUCUCUUUCUGCAUAGUUUUAUAGACAUACUUUAGGUAUUAUGUAUUCAAGGCAAGGCGAGAAACUGAACAUUGAACAUCUGCUAACCACCCCCUCGUUUGCUGGAGUGCCAUAAGAGACUCACAUGAAAAUCAACAUUGACUUUAUUGUUCACACUGUUCAAAUCCCUCAACUUCUCAAGCACUGCUGUACAUAUCUUAAGAUACCAAUACUGCAAUAUUCAUGUAUUUCACACACUGAUGUGUAGCUUUCGCCAUUAUUUAAAAAAAGAUUGCCAAAAUGAAACAAGAAAGGUGUCAUAAUAAUUGUUUUCUUUAUUCGCAUUUGUUCUGUAUUGAACAAGAAAUUGUCAUUUUAUACUAUGGGCAUUUCCAGAAAAAGGCACGUUAUGAUGCAUCAUUAGAAUGGCUAGAUAGUGUAACGAGCUGUAUAGAAACAGAUUGUUUCUUUUUUGCACCCAGAUUUUUGGUGGUGUAUUUUGAAGCAUGCGGGCAGGAGAUCUAUAGCUCUACUGGAAUGGCAGAUAGAGUCUAUACUGAUUAAGGCUCCAUUGCAGCAAUAAUAAACAUAUAUAAAUAAUAUAAAAUAUAUAUAAAUAAAUAUAUGUCAUAAAAAUAAAUAAACUAUUGAAGAAAUUAAA